AAGGGGCAGGAGGAGGCAGGGCUGGCCGGGCGGCCGCUGCUGCGAUCCGCGCCCGGGGGGCUGCACCCGGGGACCGGCUGGAACUGACCGGCCAGGCAGCGAGGGCCACAAGGAGCCGGGGCAGCGAUCGGCGGGGUGAGCUGGCCCCGGUGCAUCCACCCUUGGGGGCGAAGGGGGCUCCCAUCCGGCAGCAAAAAAGUUACAGCCAGGUCCGGAGCGGCCGCUGGACCCCUCUGCCUGCAUUGCACUGGGAGGUGGGCGCUGACCAGAAGUGGGGUGAGGGGCUUGCAAACCGCCCACCGCCCCCGGAUCACCAGUACUGGACUGGGGGCAUCCGCAGACGCUGGAAAAGCGAGUUUUCUGCCUUAGAAAAGGAACCCAACUGUUUGAUCCCAAGCAAAAUAUCUGGCGUUACCAGCUACUCAGUGGAUUUCCCUCCCAAAAUAUUAUAGCCAUCUCCCGUUUCUUUCUAUCCUUCCAUUCCCCCGUUUCUUUCUAUCCUUCCAUUCCCCCGUUUCUUUCUUUCUUUCUUUCUUUCUUUCUUUCUUUCUUUCUUUCUUUCUUUCUUUCUUUCUUUCUUUCUUUCUACUCUCCAUACACCCCAUCUAUUUAUCUAUCUAUCCCUAUACACCCCCUCUAUCUACCUAUCUCAUGUCCUUCCCCCACCCCUCACCCCUUUAUUUCUCCAGGAGCAUAUUUCUUUCUCAAAACAAACCCCAGAGCCAAAGGGUUAAACGUCCAGUCUGCAGCCCCCUUGCCCCAACCCCUGGAUGUGACUCGGGAGCUCUUCAGAAAGAAGGGAGGCAAGGACGACUUAAAAAGACUCUCAGGACAGCCCAGAUGCUGAGAAGAAGUGGAGGUCAUCUGAAGAAGUAGAGCAAGGAGCUUCCACUUCAAAGGAAGGAACUGAGGCAGGAUGGGGUCCAUGCAUGGAGGCUGGAUCAGCAGGCUUUGCGUGGCUGGACUGGCCAUGGCUCUGGCCCUGCUGACAGCCCAGCUCUGCCAAGGCAGCAGGAAGGUCCCGCAGCGGACGUCUCGGCAGUUGCCCGAGGAGGACGGAGAUGGAAACCAAGUGGCGGGCGCCUGGAGCGGCUGGGGCCCGUGGUCAUCCUGCUCCCAGCCCUGUGGGGUGGGGGUCUUGGAAAGGGUCCGCAGCUGCCUGCCCCCCUAUCUGCGAGCCCCCUGGGGGGGCCCUCAUGGCCCACGCACGUACGCCCAGCCCCUGUACCCAGAGGAACGGGCCAAUCCUUACCCGCCCCGGCCGUCCUACCCCCUUCACACUGACGGGGAGUCAGGGGCGCCUCUCUCCCCACCGGGGCCUGCCUUCCCCCUCCACGCCGGCUCUGCCCUCCCCCUCCACAGCGGCCCCAGCCACACCCGGCCGGCCCCCCCUCCCGCCCGCUUCGGGCCCCAGAACAGAUACAUCCGCCACGAGUCCUUCCCCUCCGAGCAGCUGCCUUCGUCCCCGCUGCGGGACGCCUCCUCCCGCCCCUCCAGCCGCAGGAGGGACCCAGCCCUCGCCCCCGGAGCCCCAAGGCGGGAAGAGGACCCCUCUGGCAAAGCAGGCGCCUCCAGCCGCGGCCUGGCCCACUCUUCGCGUCGGCUGCGCCACCCGGACGCUCCCGCCACCUCCAGCCCGCAGAGGCCCUCCAGACGUGGCGGCUCAGCCCCGGCGCGGCUGCCCGCCCAGGACUCACUCCCGCUCUUCAAACCCGAGCGGCGGGGCAGCCACCAGGCGGGCGGCACAGCCGGCAGCUCCCGACUCGGUGCCCUCGGGUCCAGGUGGGCGGCGUCCCCGACACAGGAGUCUCGCGCCGCCAGGAGGUCUCGAAUUCGAGAGUCCAUCAAACCGGGUAAAUAUGGCUACGGGAAGGUGCCCUUUGCGCUGCCCCUGCACAAGGAGGUGGCGGAGGGGGGCACGCCACGGUUCAAGAGACACCCAGGGCCCCCGAGCGACCAGCCACCGCUGCCCACCAAGACUCCCAAGCGCAAGGCCAAGGAAGCCCCCCGCCAGGAGAAGGAGCCGCCGGCCAAGGGCGAGCACCAUCUGCACUACAAGCAGAGGAAAGCCAUGCCGGCGGAGGACUCUGUGCAGCCCCGGCUCCAGGCUGGAGCGCUGGCAGAGAACAGCUCCGAGCCGACAGGGCACAGGGUGAGGCCCAGAGGUGGGGGAGACGGGCCCGCUCCACACCGCCAGCCCCACACGGCCGAGCAGGGCAGCGCUGGGCCACUGAAGGCCGAGGCCACAGCCAAGUCUCACGCAGGCCCCUCAGCGGGUGAGGCGAGUCCUGGAGGCGAGUCCUGGAGAGAAUUGGGAGCAGCGCCCCCAGAGCCACGAGGGGCCCAGCAUCGCACCGCGGAGGGCACUCCCCAGCCGGGCCCCUCUCCCACGGAGCAGGUUGGCUGGGCUCCGUCGGCCACCGGCGGGCCCGGCAGAGGAGAGCCAACGGCUCUGGAAGAGACAGGUUCACAGGAGUUGCGCCCGAGGGCGGGUGCGCAGGUGCCCACUGAGCAAGGAGGAGGAGACGGGCUCGGGGGUGCCACAAGGGGCACCCAGCAGUCUUCCCGCCCUGGGACGCCCGUGGGAGAGAGGGCCCCAAGCAGCAGCCGCGCCCCUCGGCCAUGGGGGGAGAUGCGCCUCACGCACGAGGUGCUGAAGAACCACAGCUCCACCGUGGAGGCACAGCUGGAGCCCAAGGGACACGGGGCAGCGGGUGGCCACAAGGAAACACCAGAACUUGGCCAUCCCCAUCCCCGCUCCCACCAUCGGGCCGCAGGAGCACCAAAACCCGGGCCUGAGGCCACCCACCUGGCCCAGCCAGAGGGAGCAGGCCCUGCCGACCCUGCCGCACGCUCCCGUCUCCACCAGCCGGCCAGGCCCCGUGCUCAGAGGCAGAACGAAUACCGCUCGGGCGGCUACGGCUCCCGGGCCUCCCAGAGCCUCUUCGUGGAACAGCCCUCGCCUCACCGGCUGGCAGAACCGGACAUCUGGCUGCUCCACCGCGGCAACCCCGUCCAGUUCCAGGCCAGGGGGCAAAGGCCCAGGCUGGGCCUGCACCUGGGCCCCGAGGUGCCCCAGUGGAAUCUCUAUGACCCCGGCACAGAGACCUUCCACUGCGAGGGGGAGAGCAAGCAGUUCAAAGCCUGCAGGCAGGAGCCGUGCCCAGCCGACCAGCCCGACGCCCGAGCCGUGCAGUGUGCUGCCUUCAACACCCAGGAGUUCAUGGGCCGCCUCUAUCAGUGGGAGCCCUUCACAGAUGUGCGGGGCUCCCAGCGCUGCGAGCUGAACUGCCGCCCGGUGGGGUACCGUUUCUACGUGCGGCACACAGAGAAGGUGCAGGACGGCACGCCGUGCGAGGCCACCUCCCUCGACAUCUGCGUGGCCGGAGAGUGCUUGAGCCCUGGCUGCGAUGGGGUCCUGGGGUCCAACCAGACGCUGGACAGCUGCGGGGUGUGUGGGGGCGACCACUCCACCUGCAAGCUGGUGAUGGGCAACUUCAGCGACUCCAACGUGCCCAUCGGCUACCACAAAAUCCUCGAGAUCCCCCAGGGUGCCACCAGGAUCAACGUGACUGAGAUGACCCGGAGCCCCAACUACCUGGCCUUGAGGGGCCGCUCCGGCAAGUCGAUCAUCAACGGGAACUGGGCAGUGGAUCCCCCCGGGCGCUACGAGGCAGGCGGCACCGUCUUCGUCUACACCCGUCCGGGCCACGAGGAGCCCCGCGCGGGGGGAGAGUCGCUGACGGCCGAGGGGCCCACCACAGAGCCCAUUGAUGUGUAUAUGAUCUUCCAGCAGGACAACCCCGGCGUCGCAUACAGCUUCUUCCUGGCGGGGGCCAGACCCAACAACCCUGCCCACGACCCCCCCGGCCGCCGGCAGGACAUCAGUGCCCUGACCAUGUUGUCGUCGAGCGACCAGCUGGUGCCGCCCACCUCCUACAAUCACCCCAUGGGGACCCGGCACCGGGCGCCGGCACCGGCCAGCCAGUCGGGCAGGACCCCCGGGACACUGCAGCGCAACGUCCGCGUCCCCCCACUGCCGCCCCCGCCCGCCCUGCCCCGGCCCCAGCCGCACAACUUCUAUUGGAAACGGGUGGGGAGCACCGACUGCUCCGUCUCCUGUGGGAAAGGGCUCUGGCAGCCCGUGUUCAGGUGCACCACGCGCCACUCCCAGGAGGAGGUGGGGGAGGAGCGAUGCGCCGAUGCCCCCAAACCUCCUGCGCCAGAUGAAGCCUGCAACACCCAGCCCUGCCCAGCCUACUGGGACGUGGGCGAGUGGUCGGCCUGUAGCAAGUCCUGCGGGCCGGGCACCCAGCACCGCCAGGUCCUGUGCCGCCAGACCUACGCCAACCGCAGCACCAUGGUGCACCCGCAGCACUGCGGCCAGCUGGACAAGCCCAGCCCCACCCAGCCCUGCCAGCUCCGCGUCUGCAGCCACUGGGAGGUGCGCACCAACUGGAGCGCGUGCUCGGUCCUGUGCGGCCUGGGCCACCGGACCCGCCACAUCCGCUGCAUCAGUAACCACGGCGACCUGCUGAGCGACCGCGAGUGCAACGGCAGCCACCGGCCCCCGGCCAACGAGGCCUGCGACAUGGGGCCCUGCGUGCGCAGCUGGUUCCACAGCGACUGGAGCAGCACGUGUUCAGUGGAGUGCGGGACAGGGAUCCAGCGCCGCUCUGUGGUCUGUCUGUCCAGUUACGCCAAUGGGCAGGUGGAGGAGACCUGCGCAGGCACCAAGCCAGCCGACAUGCGAGCCUGCAACAGCGGGCCCUGCCUCCGCACCGUCAAGUGGUACACGGGGCCCUGGAGCCAGUGCUCGGCGGACUGUGGCACCGGUACCCAACGGCGAGACGUGAUCUGUGUCAGCAAGCUGGGCUCAGAGUUCAACGUGACGGAGGCCUCAGAGUGCGCCCCCCUGGAGAAGCCGCCCUCCCUGCAGCCCUGCACUGGCAGUGCCUGCGACGCUCGCUGGUUCUCCACCUCCUGGAGCGCGUGUUCCAAGUCGUGUGUGGGGGGAGUCCAGGUGCGGGAGGUGCAGUGCCUGACCCAGAACAAAACCUUCAGCAAUCUCUGCCCGUCGGACCUCAAGCCCAUCAAGAAACGUUCCUGCAAUACCCAGCCCUGCACCCCCGAGCUUGACGAGAACUGCAGGGACAAGUACCACAACUGCCCCGUGGUGGUGCAGGCCCGGCUCUGCGUCUAUUCAUACUACAAGCUGGUUUGCUGCACCUCCUGCACGCGGGCCGUGGCGCGGAGCAAGGACAUGCAGAGUCGGUAGCGACGCCGGCCGGCCAGAAAUGGGGGCCAGGCUCUUGCGCGCCCAUCGUGCGGCUGGGCGUGUUCCUUGGGGAGGACUCGGACGGACCUGGGCUGCUCGUCCCCUCCAAGGCCACCCCGCAGCAUGUGAGGAGGGAACAACCAGACUCUGCCCGAGAGGCCGGAACAGCUUUGAACGAGGAUCAUGGCCAGGCCGCGGGCCUGGCUCGUCCCAGGGCCACACAUCUUCCCUGUCGCUGGAGAGGCCAGUUCCGCUCGCAACUCUAGGGCCCAAUCCUGGGUGGGGCUGAGUGCCGGGAGCUUGUCCCCGCUCUCUCCAACAGAGGCAGUCCUGCCCAGGGUCAGGGCCCUUGUGUGUUACUGACCAAUUCUGCGUACAGGCCCAAUGGUGAGGGGAAGGGGCCGCCGCAGGCCGCAAUACUGACUACUCCGUGGGGCUGUGAUGCUAUAGGACCCCGCCCCCGGCCCGGCUGCCCCAUCAUCACGUGGCCCCACAGCUGAGCCCGGAAAGCCCGCCACCCACCCUCCACCGGAAGGAAUUGGUGCUUCCUGCUGGGAAACACGACUCCCGGCGCUUCCGCAGAGCCUGACCCUCACGUUGCCUGCGUCCCAUGGAGCUGCGAAGCCCAGUGGUGCCCUGUGCCGGCCGGCCUCGUAAUGGUGCGAAGAGACCCAUGUUCUACAUGUCCCACCCCAGAGCCUGGCCUGAACAUCAUGUCUGAGGCCUAUGAGCCCCCUCUUUGGGCAUGAAGGUGACACAACUCGGAGGUUGGGGGAGCUCCCAGUCCAGCUCCUGGCAGACACAAGUCACCGCCCCGAUUAGCACCAGGCCGAGGACCAAACGGGCAGCAGGAACCUGAACUCCCCUCUCACCGCUAGGGGGUGCCCCUGCACAUGGGGAGCUUGCCCUGCACACCCAGCUCAGCAGCUUCUACCAGUGCUGACGUGACUCCUGAAUGCGUGUCAAGCUCGAGUGAGUCCCCUCCAGUUGUUUCCCCAUCAACUUCCUUCCCUGUCCCUGCUUUGUCUGGGGAACUUACAGAGCAAACCUCCUCCUCUGUAGAGCCCACGCCCCCAGGACGUCUGCAUGGGCUGGCUGGCUGCUUUGGUAAUAGCGUCACUGAACUGUUUCUCCCUCAUGUCUUUCUGCUUCUCUUGAGACCAAUGGGAUUCUUGGUGUUAACUUCAUGGGCUACAGAUCAGCCCCUAGAUUUCCCAUCACUUUUAUUGUCCACGUGUAAUCCCCACCUGCCUGCUUGAGCUGUACACAGGAUUUGAACCUGGGAACUUAAGGAG